AUGCCUCCCCAGAUUAAACAUGACCUGAAUCGCUCCGGAUGGGAGUCCACUGACUUCCCGUCUGUCUGCGAGAGUUGUCUGCCCGAAAACCCAUAUGUGCAGAUGAUCAAAGAAGACCAUGGCGCAGAAUGCAAGAUGUGCGCGCGUCCCUUCACUGUCUUCCGGUGGAAAGCCGAUCGGACCUCUCGUCAAAAGCGAUCUAUUGUCUGCCUGACUUGCGCGCGCCUGAAGAAUUUUUGCCAAUGUUGUAUGCUCGAUCUUUCCUUCGGUCUCCCCAUCGUCGUUCGUGAUGCCGCCCUCAAGAUGGUUGCCCCAGGCCCGGAGAGUGGAAUCAACCGGGAAUACUACGCACAGAACAAUGAAAAGGAAAUCGAAGAAGGUCGUGGUGCAAUCGAAGAAUACGAAAAGACAGACGACAAGGCACGCGAGCUCUUGCGUCGUCUUGCAAACAGUGAACCCUACUAUCGCCGACCUCGCCGGACCGAGGGUGCCGAAACCGAGGAAGGCGCACAAACCGCGACGGACGAACCUCGAACCACCAGUCGGUAUGGAAAUGGACCGGGCCCCGUUCGCACUACCCAAAGUCGUGUCGGCAACAACCUGCCUGGCCGCGGUGGCCGAGGUGGGGGUCGUGGGGGCCGCCCAUUCCCCGGUACUGCUCAACUGCCACCCUCCCCCGCGGACAUUCUCCCUCCUGCGGACCCCAACGUCCUCUCUCUGUUCGUGACCGGUGUGGAGGAUGACCUCCCUGAACAUACCCUGCGCACAUUCUUCAGCCAGUUCGGUCAACUACGCUCGCUGGUCUGUUCCCACCGCUCCCACUGCGCGUUCAUCAACUUUGUCAACCGCGCCGAUGCCGAGAAAGCCGCCCACCACUGCCAAGGAAAAGCUAUCAUCCAGGGCUGCCCUCUUCGCGUCCGCUGGGGCAAGCCCAAGUCGUUGGAUAGUCUAGACCGUGAAGAAAGAAUUAAGAACGCCCGUGAGGGUCGCCAGGCUGUCGGACCGGUUGGCAAGGGUAAGCAAGCUGACCGCGGUGCGAUCACCACCGGGGAGGAAACUGGACAGCCCAAGGCUCACACUCAUGUUGUUGCGCCGCCGCCUGGAUCUGGUGAGGUGCAGUACGCCAGUAUGAAUGGUGAUUGA